UCUCCUCGUGGUUGUUGAGAUGCGAGGUCGGAUGGCUGUUUGGUGGCGCUGCAAGUCUUUCACUUCUUCUGCUUCGCCAAGUCGCUUAGCCAAGCCUCUUAUUUACCUAGACCGACCUGAUAUCUGGUAUCCUUCGUCGUCGCCGUCUGGAGUUUCGCCGUAUCUCAGACAUGCCUGACUGUAAAUUGCUUAAUACAACCCCUUUGUAGAGGGACAAGAGACUGAUGAAUGAGGAUAACAUAGUUAAAUGAGAAGGAUGGUGUUGAAGAAGCGAGAGAUUCAUAUCAGAUUGCUUUUCGUAUCUGCUUGCUGUUUACAUGUUGGAAGACGGAAGAAAGAGAAAUAAUGAGCAUGCAGCAGCAGACAUUGAUGGGAAAUUGAUUGCAAAUGAUAUUAAAGCUACAGUAGCCACCGAAAUUCGUCAUAUGAAAAGUUCAAUCAGGAAGGUACCUGGAUUAGGUGUAAUAUUGGUGGGCAAAAGAAAGGACUCCUUCUCUUUUGUAAGCAUCAAGAAAAAAGCUUGUGAAGAAGUUGGGAUUGCCUCUGUCGUAGUAGAGCUUCCUGAAGACUCUACAGAACAUGAAGUGCUUGCUGUUGUUUCGCUGUUAAAUCGCAAGGAGUCAGUACAUGGCAUACUUGUGCAACUUCCAUUGCCCAAUCAUUUGAGUGAGGAGAAGAUCAUAAAUGCUGUGAAUGUGGAAAAAGAUGUGGAUGGCUUUCAUCCUGUCAACAUGGGGAAUCUCGCCAUGACAGGAAGAGAGCCUUUAUUUAUUCCUUGUGCGUCUAGGGGGUGUCUUGAGGUGCUUCACCGAUGCAGUGUGGAAAUCAUAGGUAAAAAAGUAGUAGUAAUUGGGAGAAGCAAGAUUGGUGGAUUACCCACUUCCUUGCUAUUGCAGCCGAGGGUCUUCAUCGAAACAAUCACUCUACUCUUUGGGUUGGAGAGGCAUCAUGCUACAGUGAGCGUUGUACAUGCAUUCACAAAGAAUCCAGAGCAAAUAACACGUGAAGCCGACAUUUUAGUUUCAGAUGUAGGUGUUCCGAAUCUGGUUCGUGGUCAUUGGUUAAAGCCAGGGGUUGUGGUAAUUGACAUGGGGUCAACGUUGGUUAAGGACAGCAAUAAUUCACACUGUUCCCAUGUGACUGGAGAUGUUUGCUAUGAAGAAGCGAUCCAUAAAGCAUCAGCAAUCACUCCUGUCCCUGGAGGUGUUGGACCUGUUACCAUCUCCAUGCUACUUUCCAAUACCGUUGAAGCCGCUAAGCGAGCGUAUCAAUGGACUGAACGAUCCUACCAACAAGAACAAUCAUUUUCUUAUAUACCACUUUCAAAUGUGCAUAUAUAAAAUCAUCUCCCACUUUUCCAAUAUUAGUUGCACACCACAUGUUGUAGACAGUCCAUGAGAAGCGGUAUGGAAACCUUUAGUAUUGCUUUAAUGGCAAAUAAAGGCUAGGCCUUGGGGAUCCUCCCCAUAGGUCGCCAGUUUGAGUCUCUUAGGGCCACGGGGGAUUCUCCUGGUUGUUAUCUUCAGGGCCCAUGGAAUUAGUCAAGGUGCACGCAAGCUAGCUCUUAUCAGAGACUCCAAAUACUGCUAUGUGGCGCCGAGGGGUCAACACAACAACAUAGAUUGGAAAAUACUUCUGGGUAAGUUGAUAUAAUUUGUUGGAGCAAUUUCUUCUAGUAGUGUUUACCUUCCAACACCAUAAUCUUUGAAGAAUGCUACAGCUAAGGAUUAAGGAAUUAGGGGCCAGAUGUGGGAUUUUAUCAGGUGGCUAGUUUCUUUCGGUUGUUGCAGAAGUGAAGGGUUGAGCAGUGAUUGAAGCCUUUGAACCUCCAGUGGUAGUGUCUCACUGUGGAAUGCUUUUGCUUGUUUGAGGGUGCAAACUUUCGAUCAAACAUUUAUGGUCAUGAUACAGUUUCAUUAUGACUAUAACGGGGGUGCAUUGGAUGGUGCGAUUGAUGAAAACCUGGCAUGAUCUUUGAUUUCUUUGUAGGUUUUCAGGGAAGAAAACAUGUAUUAUUAGCCGAUUAAUGAUAUGGUUACAUUUGUGGGUCAUGUAAUUAGCCUCAUCUCUUAACACUCUGGUCUAGCAAUAUCUGAGCCUUGUAAGAAAUGUGGCAUUCAAUCCUCAUCGAUGUGAAAAGGGUGUGAGUUUAUUAGUUAUGUUUGUUAUAUAUAAAUAUUAUAUAUAUGUCCAUUUCUUGCAUACAUUACAUA